UGUAUACAAUAAACAAUAGUUAGGGGUUUUAAAAUCAACCUUCUUAGGUCUCCACCAUGGCUAAUCCUAAAACCCCCAAUCCAUAAACCCUAGAAUUACUUCUAUUCCACCAGCUCCUUCCUUGUUACUCUAAAGUUUAUCAAUUUUUCCCUGCAAGAUCUCAACUUUUAUUCAAUUUUCAAUGGAAUCGAAACUUGAAUCAGCCAAGAAAGAGGUUCUUGCUGAAAUUGUAAAGUUGGCUCAAAAGCGGGAGAUGAAGGGAAGUAAAGGAGGGUGGAAAGAUUUUUUGAGAUCCUACGACAAGAAGCUUGGGGUUAGCUUGAGUGACCCAUCCAAGAGGUCCAUUGAUGUGCUGCUGGCAUUUUUAAAGACGUUUAGUGAAGAUGAUUUAAAGAUUUUUGAUAAGGUGUUUCAAUGUCAUUCAAACCGUGACGCUGUUGAGAAGCUCCAGAAAAGUUCCCCGGACAGCGAAUGCCCUGAACAGAGACUCGUUCGCUUAACUUUUGAGCACCCUCAAUAUCCGAUAGACUACUCAUUUCCAUCACACGAGGAGGACUGGUUAGUCACCAAAAGGAGUAAAAAAUCUAAUUUCAUUCAAUCAAAGGACAUGGUUGCAAUCGAUUGUGAAAUGGUCCUUUGCCAAGAUGGCACUGAAGCUUUAGUCAGAAUCUGUGCUGUGGACCGUAAUUUAGAGGUUAAACUCAAUGAAUUUGUGAAUCCCAACAAACCAGUUGUAGAUUACAGAACUGACAUUACUGGCAUAACUGCUGGAGAUUUAGAAGGAGUUUCUUGUUCAUUGGCUGAUGUACAGACAUCCCUGAAGAAGCUAUUAUCACAUGGAACCAUAUUGGUUGGUCAUAGUUUACACAAUGAUCUUCGUGCUUUGAAGAUGGAUCAUGCAAGAGUGAUUGACACAUCAUAUGUAUUCAAAUAUCAGGGUCAAGCUUUUAGUAGAAGACCUUCUUUAAGCAACUUGUGUAAGUCUGUGUUAGGGUUUGACCUUCGAAAGAUAGGCUCUCCACAUAAUUGUCUAGAUGAUGCGAUUACUGCAAUGAAACUUGUUCUUUCCAAGCUUGAAUGUGGAGGUGAUAAUAUCAUACCAUUGGUUUGUGAGGAGGCGCAGGAGCCCGCGAUGUCAAAGCUACUUGUCCACAGAAUACCUGCGGCUGUUCAUAGUCAAGAGUUGCACAAAGUUAUUCCUGGCGACUUUACUGUGGAAGUUAAGGCUAAUAAAAAGGGGCAAGCAGACAAGUAUUCUGCCUUGAUCAACUUCAAAACUCAGCACGAGGCGAAUGAGGCAUUCGAUAAACUUGAAGGCAACCAAGAGAAGGAUAUUGGUGGACGACCACAGAAGCUCGUUUCGUUUCAUCUUGAUUCUGGUGUAUUAGGGUCUUGUUAUGUUCGUAAGAUGGAUGCCAAUAAUGAUUCUAAAGAUAAAGAGGUCACACCAAAGAAGAGGUCACUUGAAGCUGAAGAGGCCAUUGUAGAGUCAAAGAAACCAAGGACAGAAGACCAAUGUACAGAACUCAAGGAGGCUGCUGGUGCAGGUUGUAAUCAGUGUGAAACUCAUUCGAUGGAGAUUGAGAAACUAAAGAAAGAUUUAGCCCACAGAGACGAAGAAAUCUCCGCGUUGAACAAAAUCAUCGUUAACCUUGUGAGGAAACAAGGAUUUUAACUCUUCGAUAGAUUUAGCCCCUGUUUUAUUAUUGAUGUAUUCAUUUUCUUGUAUCCUGUAUUUGGUUGGAGAUAUUCUGCGGCGAAAGAAUUUGACUAUAAUUAAGCAUCCUAUAAUACUCUUUUCAAUGUUUAAAUUUAUUGCCGCGAAACUGUUUUAA